CGAUGUGAUUGUUUGUCACAUUUUGUUUUACCAUUUAUUAUUGUUGCAUCGCUAGAUAAUUUUUAAUUUAAUGUAAUUUAUUUGUAUUUACACACUUGUUUUAAGCUAUAUUCUUGUAAAUAAUGAUAUAUCUAAGUUACUCCGUCAUUAGUCCUGAUUAUUGAGCAAUAGAACUAUACAAGUGAAGUGUAAUCAUAUAAAUGGCUGGCGACAACGAGCGAAGUAAACAUCGGACCCCAGAACGGUAUCAAAGUAAGGAAAAAGAUAGGCAGAGAAGCCCUAACAGAGAGAAGCGGGAACGCAGUCGAGAUCGCCACAGGGGCAGCAAAGAACGACGGGGAAGCCGGGAUAGGGACAGGUAUGGGGACAGCAGUAGUGAACGGCUGAGGGACAGGAGGAAUUGCACCGAAAGGGACCGCUCAGAGAGGCCGCAGAACCGUGAUAGAGGCAGGAGCUCCUAUAGGGAAUACAAUGGUGGAGGGUUGGGAGGAGGACUAGGUAGUGGAGCGCCUGCACCCAAGGGUCGCUACAAGCCCCAAGAAGAGGAGUUCUUAGAUGCCAGACGGGAGGAGAGGGAGAGGAUAGGGGAGGUAGGAGUCUCCUCCGUUUGGGGAAAGUCACCUACCAGACCUGAUUCUGAUGAGGAGCCACCGCCAAACAGUUCAGAAAAGAGCAAAGAGAAGAAAAAAAGCAAAAAGUCCAAAGACAAAGCAGACACGAAAGUAAAACUAAAGAAAUUAAAGAAAAAACUAAAGAAGAUAAAAAAGGCACGCAAGAAAGCCAAGAAGAAGUCCAAAAGUACAAGCAGUGAUAGUAGUUCCAGCAGCGAGGAAGAAAUCUGGGUGGAAAAAGGAACGGAGCCGGGGCCCGAGGGCGCGGCGGGCGAGGCGGCGGGCGAGGCGCCGGGCCCGUCGCCGCGCGCGGGCGGGGCGCUGGCGCCGCGCGACUUCGGGCGCGCGCUGCUGCCGGGCGAGGGCGCCGCCAUGGCCGCCUUCGUGGCCGAGGGCAAGCGCAUCCCGCGCCGCGGCGAGAUCGGCCUCACGUCCGACGAGAUCGCGUGCUACGAGUCCGUGGGCUACGUCAUGAGCGGCAGCAGGCACCGGCGCAUGGAGGCGGUGCGCAUCCGCAAGGAGAACCAGAUCUACUCGGCCGACGAGAAGCGCGCGCUGGCCGCCUUCAGCAAGGAGGAGCGCGCCAAGCGCGAGAACGCCAUCCUGGCGCAGUUCCGCGACGUGCUGAGCGCGCGCGCGCUGCGCCGCGACGACUAGCCGCCGCCCGCGAGCGCACCCGCACGCCCGCAUCGAGGUGUGGUGGAAGUACCUUUAAUUCUUACUUUCAAUAAAUAUAUAUCUAAACUAAAAUCAAAAAGAAAAAUUGUUUUGUUUGUUUGUACCCAAGCUUCGAAAGUUCUAGACCGAUGUUAGCCAUUUCAUCGCCAAAAAGAAAGCUUAACUAUCGCGAA